CUUUUCUUUUCGAUGCCUUAUUGUAAUUGUAGAUUUCUUUCUUAAAUGAAGUUUCAUUAAUGACAAUUCUAUCUGUCAUGUUCGGAUAACAGCAGCUCUUUGAUUCUUAGAAAAAUACUAUGAUUAAUUUUGCAUUUUGCAGUGAGAUGGUCUGCUGGAUGAACCUGCAAUUUGAUCCUUAAUGAUCAUCUUGGUCUACCUUUCCUUGCUGGGUUGGCCCAUCCAGUAUUGGUAAAGAUCAAAUUACAGGUUUUGACCUCAGGAGGAUACCUCACAAUUCAUGCUGUUGAGGAUAUAUCCCAUAUGUCAGUACUUGGUCAGGAGGUUGGAAUGAUACCAUGAAUUGAAUGGGUACCCGAAUUAAAACCACCACGAUCUAGCCUCCUGAUACUAAAAAUGCAAUAAAAAACAUGAUUAAAAGAAAGUUGCAACGUCGGUGGACCGGCUUGGCAGAGAAGCUCUCACAUAUAAAAACAAUGUCGAUAGGUGGCCCAUGGAGUAUCUGACUCAUAGAAGAAGGGUCAUGCUCUCCUGAUUAAUGAUAGUUUCAAAGUGCUGGUGAUGACAGGAUACAUUGAUCAAAAGUUAGAGAAAAGGAUUGAGUCUUUUUUUUAAACAUAUGCAUUAUUUAUAAUCAAUGUUUUUAAAAAAAACCUAUUAAACGGAUUCCAUGGUAACUGAACUUAAAUUAUUACAAUUUCGUAACUUACUAAGAAGAGAAAACAUAAAUUCUAAUUGCUUUAUUGAUUGGAUGUAAAAGAAAGUGGAAGGUCAUGGCACAAAUUAGGAAAGGGCAAGCUUCCAGUAAAGACUUGAUGAAGUCAACUCUCCGGCUUCCUCCGGUUUCAUUUUCUAAAGAUAAACCGAAUGAAAGAGCCAAUGAGUUAUCAACAAAGAAUGCCCAAUUUUCUCUAGAUCGAAGAACUAAGUGUGAAGCUCCACAUCUCACUAAAAGUCACAAAUCGCUGAUCCCAGAUGUUCCAAUGACCAAACCAUGGUUUGAUGCAAUGAAAGAAAUAACUACACUAUUUUUCAAUUCUCCAACUCGAACUCGAGAAAUAGAAGACGAAGAAUUCUUAAUUCAAAGAAUCUCCAACUUGCCUGCAUCAUUAAGACCAAAAUCUGAGUUUGCUUCAGAGAUGUAUUUAUACGCCAUUACUGAAUUUAUUAAGCACUACAGCUGCCUUCAAGAAAUGCUUAAUGUUUUUCACAUUUAUCAUCCUAAAUAUGAACUGAGGGACAAAAUGUAUGAUGCAUUGUUGUUAUACAUAUUAAUAUUCAGGGUGACUGAAAAAAACGCGGAUAAAACGAGUGAGUUUUUAAGUGAAUUGUCUGCCGAGUCUAUGUUACCAUUGUUGAAAUUUCUCAAAAAACGGAAUAACAGAGUCGACAUGUGCGAAGUUGCAGCCGUCUUCUACUCACUGGAUUACAUAAGGGAUAGAUUUAGUUUUGAACAGGGAUUCACGCAUAAAUACUUUCAGAAAAUAUUCAGGGAAACUGAAGUCAGAAUGUUACAAAAAGCGCCAAUAUUGUACAAACACCAGUGGGUUUAUAACAGAGGCGAGUUUAAGCAUUUUAAAGCAUUGCCGAAAUCCGAAAUGCCUGAGAUACCAGUAAAGAAAUGGAAACCGUUGAAACCUAAGCCAAUUCCCAAGUCUUUAUAUGUGAAGCCUUUACCUAAAGCUCGAAGGAAAAAAAGAAUGAGUACCAACAAAACGAAAGAAAGUAAAAGAAGCGAACUGACAGAAAGUGCUGAGACUGAUAGAAAAACGUUCAAUAAUACUAGUAGCAUGAUGUACACAAUCAAAACUGAAACUGCAUACCAGUCGACAGUAACUGAUUCGACUGUACUUGAUUCGAACCAUAUGCAAUUUUUGGAUGAUAAGAAUGCAAUUAGCAGGGAACUAUUAUCUGAGAAUCAAUUCAAUCGGUCAUCUGAUCAAUAUGACACUUAUAUUCCACCACCUUAUGAUUACGAUUCAACAGGUAGGAAUGACUUGAGAUCCAACAUGUCUAAAUUAAGCGAGACUGAUAAUAAUGAUAAAAGCACAGAUGCUAAAACAGAUCCUUUAUUAACGACCACUUCAAGGGAUGGUUUUGACAAACCUUCAAAAAAUUCUGUAUAUUCUGGCAAUGCAAUACUUGAAAAGUACGCAAAGAUUGGAAAACUUGGUAAAAGUGGAAAAGUUGAGAAAAAUAAAAAAAUUUCGUAUGUUAAUAAAAUGAACUGCAUUAAUAAAAAAGGAGCUAAGGAUGUUUCAUGGGAAUAUAAACCUGUACGUAAAAGGAUAGAAUUUAAAACAAUGCCUAUAAUCAGGAACCAACCCCCAGUUAUUCAAAAUAAUGCAAACGUUUUAAGAGAUGCAAAAAUAUUGGCAAAAGAAAAAAACGAGCAACUUCGGAGGCUUGAUGAGUUGAUUUCAGCAUCACAGUCAUUUGUUGACUAUGAAAGUAUUCUUGAAAACUACAGACAAAUGCAGGAAGAAGAGGAAAUUCUGGAAAUCGAGCGUAAACAUCUAGCUGGUUUGAUAAGUCGAGAAGAGGCGAUUCUUGCCAAGCAGAAUCUCAUGUUGGAAAACGCCGAAAAGAGGAAACAAUUUGAAAAAGAGAAAAAAGAACUAGAAAGCAAACUAGAAGAGUUUCGUGCUCAAGAAUUGAUAAAUGCACAGAGGGUCGUAUGGGAGACAAGAGAAAUCAGUUGGAAGAUUAAGGAUAAACAGUGCCAGAUUUCACAAGAAAGAAAAAAGUUGGGCAGAGAGAGAUACCGUCAAAGGGAAUUGAACAAUAAACAGAUAUAUGAAAAGAGAAAAGAAGAACUCGACAAAAAGAUCGAAUUAGUAAGACAGUUCAAAGCAUUUCAAAUUAUGCACAAGGAAACAUUAGAACUUCACAAACUCAAAUUGAACAAUUUAUAUCAAAUGAGCAGUGAUGAAUUGAAAAUCAAAAUAGAGCAUUACAAGCAAAUGUUAAGAGAUGAAUUACAAAAGAGGCAAUGUUUAGUUAUUGAUAAAAGACUGGAAAGAAAAACACUUUUGAUCGCCGCAAAAGGUUUCGUCCAAGAAAUGAGACAAUGUAAAAAAGACUUAAGAGAAGAAUCUAUUAGAAGAAGACCCUUGAGAAUGGAAGUAAGGGACACAAAAGAAAUAUUGGAUUUAAAAACAAAAUAUAAUCAAGCGAGAAUACAAAGAGUUAGAAAUUUAGAACUUCUUAACUUCGGCCCCAUCAAAAAAGACAAAUAACGCAAUAUGAGAAACAAAAGCAUCAAAAUGUAUAUUACACUUUAAAUCAUCAGUUAAAUAAUAGCGAGACAAUGCAGAUUUUUUCAGUAAUUUAUAUAUAUACAAAAAAUUUAAUAAAAAAUGAAUUAAAAAUGA